AAAUUGACCAUUCCAUUCGCUUUUCUAUAUAUACAAUUAUAAUGGUAUCUUUUAAAUCUAUUGCUGUUGCAUCUGCCGUUGCAGGUGUCGUUGUUGCAAAGGACGUUGCAUGUCUUGUUAACGGUGCCCAAGUUGCUGUUGUUGACUUGGAUACUGGUGACUGUCCAUUCACUAUCCCAGCAUCCUUCCCAGCCAAGUGGGACUUCACUUCUCCAGAAGACUACUCUGCUGAAUUCUACUACACUACUGCCAAUGCUAAGAAGUACUUCACUGACAUUGUCAACGCUGGUAAGGUUAUUAGUGCCCCAGCUUCUGCCUUCUACGGUAAGGGUAGUGUUCCAAUUUUCCAAGUUAUCGACUCAAAGACUCCAGCUAGUAACUCCACUGCUGCCAUCAGAAAGAGAUUGAUGAAGGAAGAAUCUUUACUCCCAAGAGAUGCUGCUUCUUCUUUCGCUGCCACUUUGGAAGGUCUUGAAGGUGUUGAACAAAAGGGUCUUGAUGUCGCUGUUGUUGACCUUUCUGACGUUACUUCCACUGCUUCUACUUCCAGUGCUGCUGCCACCACUGACGCUUCUGACUUGACUUCCACUGUCACCGACAAGCACACCACCAUUGUUACCAUCACUUCUUGUUCCGACAACAAGUGUCACGAAACCACUGUUCCAGCUACUCCAUCUUUGGUCACUGUCACCACUGAUGAUGUUGUCACUGUUUCUACCACUUGGUGUCCAGUCUCUGAAGACUCUACUGCUACUGUCACUGACAAGCACACCACCAUUGUUACCAUCACUUCUUGUUCCGACAACAAGUGUCACGAAACCACCGUUCCAGCUACUCCAUCUUUGGUUACUGUCACCACUGAUGAAGUUGUCACUGUUUCCACUACCUGGUGUCCAGUUACUGAAGCUCCAGCUGCUUCCACUGCCACCCCAGCCACUGAAGGUCCAGAUGUCACUGCCACUGAAUACAGCACCACUUUAGUCACCAUCACUUCUUGUUCCGACAACAAGUGUCACGAAACCACCGUUCCAGCUACUCCAUCUUUGGUCACUGUCACCACUGAUGAUGUUGUCACUGUUUCCACUACCUGGUGUCCAGUUACCGAAGCUCCAGCUACCACCACUGCCACCCCAGCCACUGAAGCUCCAGCUGUCACCACUGCCACCCCAGAAACUGAAGCUCCAGCUGUCACCACCGCUACCCCAGCUACUGAAGCUGAAACUGCCACCGACAGCACUUCUACCGUAUACAUCACUGCCACUACCAACGGUAAGACUACUGUCUACCCAACCACUGUUCCUCACAAGUCUACCCUUGCUUCCAGCACUGUCGCUCCAAGCUCUACUGGUGCUGCUCCAGUCACUAUCCCAGCCAGUGACAACGGUGCCCGUGCCACCAAGGCUUCUCUCCUUGCCUUCAUUGCCAUUCCAUUGGCAUACUUCUUGUAAGGUGAUAGCCCCCUACUUAUUGUUUGACAUACCAAUAUACACACCCUUAACUUCUGUGACGUUACCUUUUCCAACAUCACUUCUUUAUUAUUUUCGGUUCAAACAUUUUAUCUCUGCGCAAUUUACGCUUUACCUAAGUUAUGUUUCGAACUAUACUUUUAAUUUCAAACUGAUAUCCUUAUCACUUAAUUUUUGAUUCGAUGAUAUCCUAUCUUCUCAUCAUCUACUGAUUGAUGCAUGUACUAUAUAUCACUCCAUUGUUUCGGUGAAUGUCUGGAAUCUGCCAGGCAUUUCAGAAGCCAAAAGCUGGUCUUCACUAUUUAGAAAAAAAUAUAAAUUUCUUAGAUAACAG